CACCACCAAGUAAAAGCAAAGAUGCAACCGUCACAAUCUCGUGAUAUGCGUUCCUCUGCUAAAAGGACUUGGAGUACAUAAAAAAAAAAGUAUUUCGAGAACGUAGUUGAAAAGUGUAGAUGGAAGCCAAAAAACAAUAUCAACUAAAAUUACGCAACGGCUGUAUAGCUUCCCGCUAAAUAAGUCAAGACGAGAGUGUUCACAGACGUAUUUCGGAUCAGUCGAGACCGACCGUCUGAUACGGUGAGAAGUAUACCUGAAACUGUGCGAAACAGCAUUUACAAUUCCGCUAUGGCACUCCAAAGAUUGCAAAUUCAACAUUGCCGAGUGUUUUCUAGUUUGAUCAAUAACCAAUUUAAUCUUCGACGAAAUCAGUCUGUUUUGGCAACACCUGACGAAAAUCCCAGGAUUUUAAUCACCGGUGGACUGGGUCAACUUGCAACUGGAUUGGCUAAAAUCCUACGUGAAAAGUAUGGCAAAGACAAUGUCAUCAUAUCCGACAUUCUUAAACCAUCGAAAGAAGAUUUUAAUCCGUGGACGAGCCAUGCUGUAUAAGAGCAUGCCAAGAUUGAUAGCCGUGCCAAUCAAAAUGCCUUGCGACAGACCGACAAAGACGCAAAAGACGAACGUAAAGCCAAAAGGCACUAAAUCAAUUGCUGCGUUUCAACCAGCAGAAGUUAGUCCAACGUGCGGGGAUUACGACGGUAGUAAAAAAUGAAUCGUUUCACUAACUUUUUGAUUUCCAAACCAUCUUGACUAAGCUGACUUCCACCAUGAAAAUAACAGCGGAUCUGAUGACGGCAGCCAAGCAACUUUUUGGAAUGUAAAAAAAGUAAGGCGUCAAAACCGUAAUGGCCAGAAGUGCAAGAGCACCUGAAUAAAACAGAUUUUAAUUUAAAAUAAAUACUCUCAAAUAAAGAGGUAAGUUUUCCGUUACCAGUGUAGAGUCCGCCGAAAGGCGUGCGGACGCCUCUGGCGGCAUUAACGACCGUGCGUGAAAAUGCGCAUGUCACUGGAAACGAUGACGCAAACGAUCCUAAAAUGUUGCUAGUACCGAUGGCGAUCAUCUCUUGACUGACAUCAAUGCGACUCCCUUUGGCUAUCCAUUUGCAAUUCCACGUAAUCCAGACAUGAUUCAAAGAAAAAAACAUAACAUCAUCUCCGUAUGGCAGCUGCUUUGAUUGACCCUACCUAAGGAUUUGGCAAUCGCAAUCGAUUCAAUUACGGUGACCAGUGGAGAAAUGUAGAGCGAAGAGCCUAGAUUUUUGCAAAUGUCCACAAAAGAGUAUGUCUUUCCGUCUGCCUCAAACGAAAAGGGCGGCGCUCUGAAUGGAGAGAAUCCGCUAGGAAUCUCACCUAAAUGUAUACACGUUACCUAUUUAAAGUUAAAAUUUGCUCGUUUGCUGACUAAGAGCUGCGGCACUUUUAACAAAAUGAGAUGCGUUGCUUUUUAAUAGCGAAAUAGUUUGGUCUUCUGUUUUUGCAAGGGAUUCAUUUAACUAGAAAUAUAUUGAGAUGUGCGUUUUU